CCAAAGCGGACGGCAACUACCCCCACCCCGCCUCCAACUUGUUCUUCCGCAGCAAGAUAGCAGCACAGGCGCGAAGUCGUGGAUCCCAACUCCCAAGAACCGUAGCCUUCUACUGCUACCGUCCUCUUCUUCCCCGGCAAGACGCCGCGGUCACUGCCCCCUCACCAUAUAAUCAAAUCGCCGCCCGUCGCCGAUUCGAUUAGAUUGAUAGAAAGCGGAGCCGACGAGAUGCCGACGCUGACGAAGCUGUACAGCAUGAAGGAGGCCGCCCUCCACAACACUCCCGAGGACUGCUGGGUCGUCGUCGACGGCAAGAUUUAUGAUGUGACCAAGUAUUUGGAAGACCAUCCUGGGGGUGCUGAUGUUCUGCUUGAAGCAACCGGUAAGGAUGCUAAGGAAGAAUUUGACGACGCGGGGCACAGCAAGAGUGCCAAGGAGCUAAUGCAAGACUACUUCAUUGGGGAGUUGGACCCGACUCCUGAGAUUCCUGAGAUGGAGGUUGUCAGGAAGGAGCAAGACACGGGAUUUGCCAGCAAGCUGAUGGACAGUGCGGUGCAGUACUGGGUGAUCCCAGUAGCCGCAGUUGGGAUAUCCAUUGUUGUUGCCAUAUUGUGUGCGCGAAGGAAGUGAAGUUCGCCGUGUUAAGCAGAUGAACGUUUUGAGAGGGAUCAAGCCAUUUUUACCUGGAGCAUGUACGGAUAUAUGUACUGCUGUCCAGAACCAAAAUACACUAUGAUACUCAAUUCUUAGACACUUUUAAGUAAAACAUUUACCCGAUCGAUGGCACUAUUUUAUCGAUAUGAUGUCCAUUUGAUGGAUUUGUUAUUCUCUUCGAACUAACUGUCAUGAGUGCUGGCGCAAAUUUGUUCCAUGCCACCUCUGCUGCUUUUGAAUGUCAUGGUCCUGCAUUUAAUUUA